GCGUCCUCCCAGACAUGUCAGCUGAAACCCCGCACCAGCCCAAAAAGCAAAUCCGGCAAACAACCCGACCUUAACCCAUGCUAACAAUACGCGGGUUUGCCUUUCUCCGCAUUAGCUUGGCAUUCCAGCAACCUAGCUCAACGAUCCGUUCAUGUCGCUGUUUUGCGCUCCAAUCAUGAAGAAGCGCUUCUAUGGCGAUGUCACGCGCUGUUAAUGGGCUGCUCUCUUAGCGUGUCUUCGGCAUUGUUUCGUGUUUUUUCGCGAGGUUACAGUUUGGCUGGCCCAUUCCCCAUGGGGGACUUUUUGCGCUAAGUUGAUGGAUGCUGGGGACAUGACUCUGGAAAUGUCAACCAUUGGAGCGCGAGAAGAGCAAUGCUACUCUGAAGCUCCAAGCUUCUGGGUCGUUGAUGGAAAGUAUUAAAAGCCCUUGAAAUCCCUCUCCUGUCGAUCACUUCUUAUCCAUCACCGUCUGCAUAUCCAAUUGAAGCAGUUCAUCAUGAAGCCCAAGGUUUACCAGUUCCUCGUUGGAGUGUUUGCGUCCUUUGGAUCGCUGCUUUUUGGCUAUGAUUUGGGUGUCAUUGCCCAGGUCAUUGCAUCUCCAUCUUAUCACCGGGAGUUCAACACUAGCGACACAGCUGCCGAUACUGGUGCUGUAGUUGCUCUCUUCACCGCCGGCGCCUUCUUCGGUGCCAUGUUCGCUGGGCCUACAACCGAAUACACCGGUCGACGAUGGACCAUCACCAUUGGUUCUAUAAUCUUCACUCUCGGAGGUGCUCUCCAGACUGGAGCCCCCAAGAUCUCGUAUCUCAUGGCUGGUCGCUUCCUCGCUGGUCUUGGUGUCGGUUUCUUGACCAUGAUCAUUCCUCUCUACCAAGCCGAGAUUGCACACCCAUCCAUCCGAGGCAGAGUCACAGCCCUCCAGCAAUUCAUGUUGGGAAUCGGAGCUCUUAUCGCUUCGUGGACUGGCUGGGGCACAUUCACAAACUUCAGCGACAACCGACAGUGGCGAAUCCCCCUCGGUAUCCAGAUCAUCCCCGCAGUUAUCCUUGGUGCUCUGAUCUUCGUCUUCCCCGAGUCCCCCCGCUGGCUUAUGGACCAGGGUAAGCAGGACGACGCACUCAAGACCCUUGCUCGCCUCCACUCCAAUGGCAAUGAAGAUGAUCCUUGGGUUCGUGCGGAGAUCGAGCAGAUUCAGGAAAGCAUUGCCGAUGAGCAUACCAACGGUGCCAAGUCGUACCUUGAGCUUUUCAGGGAUGUUUCUUGUUUCCGUCGUCUUUUGAUCGCUUGCGGUCUUCAGGCGUCGAUUCAGAUGACGGGUGUUUCUGCCAUUCAGUACUACUCUGUUACCAUCUAUGGUCAGGCUGGAAUUGGGCCUGGAGAUGCUCUCAAGUAUCAGGCUAUCAACUCCAUUAUUGCUCUGAUCGCCCAGGCUCUCUGUAUUGCUUUCAUUGAUCGAUUCGGUCGCCGAUGGACUCUUAUCUGGGGUAACCUGUUCAACAUGCUUACUUUUAUCAUCGCCACCAUCAUGCUUGUUGUCUAUCCUCCUGGUUCCGGUAGCGCUGCUCAGGGCUGGGGUUUCAUCAUUGUUACUUGGGCAUACAACUUCUCUUUCUCAGCCACUUGCGGACCUCUCUCAUGGAUCAUCCCCGCUGAGAUCUUCGAUACCCGCACCCGAGCCAAGGGCGUCUCCCUCGCGACCAUGACUUCUUUCGCAUUCAACACCAUGAUUGGUCAGGUCACUGGUAUUGCCAUGGGUGCCGUUGGCUGGAAGUACUACCUCGUCUUUGUCAUUUGCAACUUCACAAACGCUCUCUGCGUCUGGGCUUUCGUUCCCGAGACCAAGCAGCUUCCUCUGGAGGAGAUGAACUAUCUCUUCACCAAUGCUCCUUGGUUCAUUCCCUUCGUUGACAAGAGCGAGUAUACUGCAAACUUGCAGGCUGAUCUUGCUCGCAGGGCUGAGGCAAUUGACGAGAAGCUUGCUGCUCAGCAUGAGACUGGAGAGCACGUUGACAAGAUCUAAGAAUUCUAAUGGUAAAUGCCAGUCCGGUUGGGUAGUUAGAUACUUGAAGAACCUUGACUAUUCAUGCAGGUGAGAGCCAAGGAACAGUAGACAGAUGUAUCCACCG